AUGGCUUCCGAAUCGAUGGACCCGGAGCACCUGGAAGAGGGCGCGGAGGACGAGGAAUUCAUCGACCCCAACGAUGUCUUUAUCGAGAUGGGCGACGACGGCGAACAGUUCAUGGACGAAGACGAUGCUGAGGGGGAAUUUGAAGGCGAACCACAGCCCGACGAUUCUGUGGUGUACGAGGAUAACUCGAUCCAGCACUUCCCCGGCCAUCACGGCUCUGUCUUCGCCGUCUCGACGCACCCCAUAGCCUCCCUCGCCGCGUCGGGUGGGGAGGACGACCUGGGGUACAUUUGGGAUUACACGACUGGAGAAGAGCUCGUCAAGCUGACCGGGCACACGGACAGUGUGAUCUCGACUGCGUUCAGUGCGGAUGGGGAGAUGAUCUCGACCGGGGGCAUGGACGGAAAGGUACGUAUAUGGCGCAGAGUUGGCAAGGAGAGCUGGCGGACAUGGGAAUUCCUGACCGAGCUACAAGGCCCAGACGAAGUCAUGUGGCUACGAUGGCAUCCGCGAGGGAACGUGCUUCUCGCGGGAUCAAAUGAUUCAAUGGUAUGGCUAUGGCAACUGCCAUCGGGGAAUACAAUGCAAGUUUUUGCAGGCCAUACAGCGCCAGUUCAGUGUGGCGAAUUUACACCCGACGGAAAGCGCAUCGUCACCGCGGAUGCAGAAGGGACGCUUAUUUUCUGGGAUCCCCGCGAUCCUAACCCGAUCUUCAAGCUUACUGCUACCAAUGCCCGAUUUGACAUGGGUGGCAUCACAUCCCUUGCGGUCAAUCCUGCAUCAACACUCGCUGUUGUUGGUGGGUUAACGGGCAGCGUACGUGUCGUGAGUCUUAGCAAAGGCGAAGUCGUCGGCGCGCUUGGUGGGCACGGGGAGGGCGAAAGUGUGGAGGCGGUUGCCUUUGUCGAACUCGCGAGUGCGGUAGCAGGUGGUACUACCCCACAGAAUGCGGGAGGGGUGGUAGUCACAGGUGCUACAGACGGGAAGGCAUGUAUAUGGGACCUGGGUACGAUGCGAUUGCGAGCAACCUUGGAGCAUGAGGACGCGGUCACUUCCCUUCUCCGUCUACCCGUACCAAAAGCACAUCUUGUCAUAUCUGCAUCAUCCGACAAGGCAUUACGGACAUGGGACGCACGUACCGGCACGCUGGUGCGUGAACACAAAGGACAUCAUGGGCCUAUCCUGCAAGCUGCUCUAGGUCUCGAGGGCGGUGCUGUAGUUAGUGCGGGGGAUGAUGGCGUUUGCUUGGUAUUCCCAACUGAGUAG